UAAGCUUAAAAGCUAUUCACAGAGAGUCUCAUUAUGAGAGGUUUGAGUGUAAUCCACAAAGUUCCAACUAACUCGAAAAGUUAUUCCUUAGUUCUUGGAAUCUCUAAUUUCACCUUAAGGCUUUAGCGAUUGCGACUUAAGCUCUUUUGGUCCAGCCCUUUAUUCAAAUCACUUUUAAAGGUCUUGUAAGGAGUUUAUUUUCAUCUUAAUCUUUGGUCACUCAACGAUCUCUACUGGCUACAUUGGUUUAUUUCAGUGAAGGGUAAAUCAGUUUUACUUUGGCAUUUCACCAGUAAACAUCAUGAAUCAACGUGUAUCUAAAAGGAUUGUUGAAAUACAAACUUUAUCUGAACGCUUGUCUAACCUGUGCAAUCAAAUUAUUUAUAACUAUGGAGAGAUUAUUAAUUAUACAAAUCAAAUUGAUAAAUUAUCACAAUCUUCAAAUUUAGAUUUAUAUGAAAUUCAAGAGCUGGAAACUUUGAGUGACAAAUUAAACAACGUCAAGAUAAGUAUUGAUCAGAAUGUUGAGUUCUGGACAACUCAGUGUAACAACUUGAACAACGCUUUGAGAAAUACUCUUCCCGAAAUUUUUGCAAUUAUCAAUGGACCACAUUGCAAUCAAUCAUUAAAUUGUAAUGGUGUUCCAAUCCCUGAUAAGGAACAAGCUUGCCAAUCCUGGUGUGAAUCUCUGACCUGUAUUUGUUUGAAUGUGCGCCACGAAUUGACAUUAAUAGCAGCUUACUUUCCAGUUUGGGAAGAAAUUUUUAAUAACAUGAGAUAUGAUGCUGAUAAUAUGGUUGGACAGUUGGUAAAGAACACAUUCAUCAUCGAGAAACAGCCGCCUCAAGUUAUCAGAACAAAUAAGCAAUUCCAAGCGUCCAUACGCUCUUUGAUCGGAGGACUUUUCAACUCUAAUAAUACACUGUUUAAUAGCUCAAGCGUUAGUGUCUCCAUAUUGAGCGAGUCACAAGCCAUUUUAAUGAUCUCACAAGAAGACAACUCUUUAUUUAGCGACGCUUCUGGUGAAAUAUCCAAUAGCGAAAGUAGCCUGGAAUAUCAGUCAACAACAGGACAAUCUAUUGCACAUUUUGAGCAUCUCAUCUUGAAGAAAAUUAACAGGACCGAAAAAAAGGGAACAGAAUCGGUGACAGAUGAGAAAUUUGCUUUACUUUUCCAAGCAACGAUCAAACUGGGUGAACUCGUAUUUCACGUCAAGGCUCUAUCAUCGCCUUUGGUCGUUAUUGUUCAUGGUAAUCAGGAGAACCAUGCUUGGGCAACAAUCACUUGGGACAAUGCUUCACAAAUCUCUUCAGUGGAUCGAAUUCCGUUCAUCGUUCCAGAUGAAAUUCUUUGGGCCAGAGUUGGACAUGUUCUGAGUAACAAGUUCAGUUCAAACGUUGGAUGUAAUCUUGCGCCAAGAGAUUUAAGAUUUCUUGCUAGAACAGCCUUCAGGGAUCCCAGUUUACUUGAUUUUGAAAAUCUCUAUUUGAGUCGCGCACAAUUUUCCAAGGCACCUUUGCCGAAUCGCGAUUUCACAUUUUGGGAAUGGUUCUAUUCAAUUCUAAAGUUGAACCGGGAACACCUGAAAGAUUUAUGGCAACCACAACGCUUGAUCCAUGGAUUUAUUUCUCGAAAGGAUGCUGAGGAUGCUUUAAUGGAUAAACCAGAAGGAACUUUUCUACUGAGAUUCAGUGAAAAAAAACUCGGUGCUAUUUCCAUAGCUUGUAGAGCACAUUCGACGUUUGGGAAUUCCGUUUACAUGGUUGAACCAUACAGUCUCAAUGAUUUAUAUUCAGUUUCUUUAUCUGAACGCAUACAUUACACAAGACGUUUAAAAUACUUGUAUCCAAAUAUACCAAAAGAACAAGUUUUCAAAUUCACAGAAACACUAACUCCUGGAUAUGUUGCAGGGUCAUUCCUUUCAUAAAAAUUCAUAACAAUCUUUAUUAUUGAUUAAGUCGAGUCAUGGAUCAAGUUUCAUCGAAUUAUAAGAUUUUCCUGACAGCUUAUAAAUGAUGUAAAUAAAAUGAAAAAAAAAUAAAAUAAAACAUUGAUUUGAAAA